AUGGAAGGUGAUACGGGAGCUGCUCAAGAGACCAUCAAGCUCUUUGCCACCGAAGAUGGAUUGGCUUUUCUCAAAGAUCUUGUUGAGCGCCAUACCUUCCUAUCAAUCGAUGCAGCUGGAAAAGUUCAUCAUUGGCUCAACCAGGUGCAACCUCUGUUGCAACUUGUCACUCACGAGCGUGUUCUUGACUCCGCAGUGCUGGAGCUGGAUGUCGCCACCAUCUAUAACGUCAUGCAGGGCAUUGGUGGCAGAAGAAUGAAGACCUUAUUCGAGUUCGUCCUAGAUCUACUCGAAGUUUGGUCUACGCUACCCAUAGCUGCCGAAGAUGAGCAUGGAUUGUCCGCUUGCGCGCUCUCUCUCACGGCCCUGGCGAAAAUGAUCGAUUGCAAUACGACCAAUGUUGUGAACGAGAACUUCAACCGGAUCAUCGACCGUCUGGAAUUCUGCUUAGGACGAGCUGGCCAGUCUUCGGACGAGUUUUCCAAGAUGCAAGCUCGUAAAUCCUUGCAGUACCUUCGACGACGCCUCGGGGUGGGCGACGCAAUACUCGAGGCGCAGACCAACAAUCGAACGCCUGUGGACCGCGCCGAGUUUUUCAUGCGCAAAGAUCUGCCCGGAAAUAUGUCUGCUGAUGGGCCGCGACACAAUAACGACCACGCCGACAUCUCCAAAAUCAGUAUCCUGCCUACUCGCGAGGAGAUUACCUCGUCGCGUGGUGAGUAUCUGCCUACGAACGAUUCGUCCCAGUUCCAUAUUGAUGGAAUUAAUGGACGUCUGGAUCGCGAAUUCCGACUUCUGCGAGAAGACACUGUCGGCCAACUCCGAGAUGUCGUUCGCCUCCAACUUGAGUUCAUGCAGAACCCAGAACGCAGCCGGGACCACCGCGAUAGGAACGGCGUUCGAACAUACAUCUACAACGAUCCCAUCAUUCGUAACAUUGAAUUCGACAAACGCCUUGGAUUGGACUUUACCAUCCAGUUUCGCCAACCUGCUCAGGGAAAGAAGUCUCGCGAGCGACAGGAGUGGUGGGGACACUCCAAGCGCCUACAGCCGGGUGGCCUGUUGUGUGUUCUUUCCAAGAACGGAUCUGUCCUUUUUUGCGUAGUUGCUGAAACCACUAUCGUCGCCACGAAUGCAGAGUUGCACCUGAAGCGACGGCGCACACCGGCCACAGCGGAAGAUGAGGAGGAAUCAAGCAAGCAGGCGCCGAAAGCGAGUCUUGCCGAUGACGAAACCUCUGCCUACGUUCACCUGCACCUUGCCGAAAUCCGGCCUGCCAACAUCGGCCAACGUUGUCUGGUUGAGUUUCCCGGCAUUCUUCUUCCGUCGUUUCAACACACGCUCGCGGCGCUCCAACGAAUGUCCAAGACACCCGAUAUGCCUUUCAUAGACUUGCUUACUCCCUCCCAGGCCAGUCCCGGCGGCGUUGAAGUUCCUCCCCCGGCUUACACGUUGAAACCGGGUUUUAGCUUCGACCUGAGCUGUGUGACCAACGACAAUACAAGUCUACAGCUGGCAAAGCACUCAACCCUUGAUGCAACUCAGUCGAGUGCUCUCCUCGACACGUUGUCCAGAAGCUUGGUUCUCAUCCAGGGACCUCCAGGCACUGGCAAAUCAUUUACAGGAGAAAAGAUCAUUAAGGUUCUACUUGCCAACAAGAAGAAAGCGGGGCUAGGCCCGAUUCUAUGUCUUCUUGAGCACUUACUCGAUGACGGUGUUAAAAAGAUCAUUAGAAUUGGAUCCAGGUCCAAGUCCGAGCGACUCGAACAGCUAAAUAUUCGUGUCGUUGCAAAAACCGCUGAUCGUACCAAAGCUGAGAAAGCAUUGCUGUGGGAGACGAAGAAAUCACUGGAUCAGCAUGUCGGGCUCCUCGAUGUCUCAAUCAAGAACCUUGAGUCAGUAAAUUCUCCUGAGACGAUCAAGAAUUAUCUCUUCAUCAAGGGUAUAGGUAAAUGGACUGAACAAUGGCGUCGCGGUGGUUUCCCCGGAACCUCGCCGCCGCGCCAAGUUGAUGAUCUAAUCGAGGCAAAUCUCUGGCAAAUGACGAGGGAGGAACGCAGUCAUCUCAUUUCUUACUGGCUUCGCGAAAUUCAUUACGAAGCAGCAAAGGCCAACCAGAACAAGAUCUCUCGCGAGGUUGAUCUGCGUUGCCUACAUGAGGCAGACAUUGUCGACUUGCUCUUGAAAUUGCGAAGCAAGGUGAUGCUCUGUGAGGAGGCAGGAGAGGUUCUCGAGGCGCACAUGUUAACUGCCCUUCUUCCCUCCGUGGAGCACGCUAUUCUCAUUGGAGACCACCUGCAGUUGCGACCGCAGAUCAAUAACUACGAUCUUCAGAGCAAUAAUCCACGAGGUGCGCAGUAUUCGCUCGACGUGUCGCUCUUUGAGCGCCUCAUCAACCCCCCGCACGAGACUGACAUCAGACUGCCUUUCAAUACCCUCCAAACUCAGAGACGUAUGCAUCCAAGCGUCUCUGAGCUCAUUCGUUCGACGCUUUAUCCGUCUUUGGAGGACGGUGAAACUGUGAAUCAUUACCCUGAGGUUCUGGGUAUGAAGAAGCGACUAUAUUGGCUACACCAUGAGGCUCCCGAGGACCAGGCCAGCCAGCUCGAUGCAACCACCACUUCACGUACCAAUGCCUUUGAGAUGAACAUGACGAUUGCCCUUGUGCAACAUCUAGUAAGGCAAGGAUCGUAUGGCCCCGAUGACAUUGCCGUCAUCACACCCUACCUAGGGCAGCUACACCAGCUCCGCCGCGCCAUAGACCUUGAGGAGCUCGAGGUUCUGGAGGCCAGCAGGUCAGGAGAUGGUCCGGACAAUAUCCCACAACCGAACCGGCCUGUUUCGACCAAGACGACUCUUCUGAAGAGCAUCAGACUGGCUACCGUUGAUAACUUUCAAGGCGAAGAAGCAAAGGUCGUCGUGAUUUCGCUGGUAAGGAGUAAUAAGCAGAACAAGUGCGGCUUCCUCAGCACUUCUAACCGCAUCAAUGUGCUGCUCUCGCGUGCCCAACACGGCAUGUAUCUCAUCGGAAAUUCCAAUACAUACAGGCACGUGAACAUGUGGGCCAAAGUUCUGGACAUUCUAGUCCAAACUGGAAACUUCGGUGACAAGCUCGAGUUGCAGUGCCCGCGCCAUCCCGAUACGCCUAUUCUGGUCUCGGACCCGGAUCACUUCCUCCAGUUCUCGCCCGAAGGAGGCUGUAACCUGCCGUGCGACCGGCGCCUUCCGUGUGGGCACUCGUGCAUCAGCCGAUGUCAUCAUAAUACUCUACACAAAGCAGUUAAAUGUCUGGAGCCUUGUCCACGACCCAAGAAGGGGUGUGAUCACCCUUGUCGUCGGGACUGUGGCGAGCCAUGCCUUCCAAAGUGUGUCGAAAAGCUUCGGGGCCUCAACAUCACUCUUUCCUGUGGACAUAAAGUGAGUUCAGCGCUUUGUUGGCAGGCGCAGAAUCCAUCGACCAUUGCAUGCCAGGAAAAGGUGCAAAAGACUGUACCUGGGUGUGAUCACACUCUCACCGUCACCUGUCCCACCGACGUAAGCGUGGAUGCGUUCAAGUGCGGGGAGAUUUGCGGCGAACCUCAGCGCUGUGGUCACUCUUGCCGAAGUGAAUGUUGGAGAUGCAGAGAGAGAGCAAAAGGCAAGAUCACCAAGGUGAACCACGGGAUUUGCCAGCAGCCGUGUGAUCGCAAGUACACUACCUGCCCUCACAGCUGCAAGGAACCUUGCCAUGGAGAAGCGAAGUGCCCGCCGUGUCCGCGGCCCUGCGAAGUUCGAUGCAGUCACUCAAAAUGCAGCAAGCUAUGUCAUGAGCCUUGCGCUCCAUGCGCUGAGCAGACUUGUGCGUCCCGCUGUCCUCACAUACAGUGCACGAUGCCAUGUGCAGCACCCUGCAACUGGGUCCCCUGUUCCAAGAGAUGCGAGAAGGUCCUGAGCUGUGGUCAUCAAUGCCCAUCCCUCUGUGGUGAGACGUGCCCAGACGAAAAGUACUGUCAGAUAUGCUGUGUCGAAGACAUCAAAGAAACCGAGGUUGACUUCAUCAUGGGCAAUCAAUACCAUGAGAUCGACCUCGACGAGGAACCCUGCCUCUUCCCGGACUGCGGCCACUUCAUUAUCAAGAGCAACAUGGAUGGCUUGAUGGACAUGAAAGCUCACUACAAAAUGUCAGCGGAAGACAAUCCUGUCGCACUCGUCGGGACUUCUACCCCGUUCUCCAUGGACGAAGUCAAAAAUUGCCCAACCUGUCGCGGCUCACUGCGCAACAUCGCACGCUACGGUCGUAUCGUCCGCCGUGCCAUGCUCGACGAAGCAACUAAGAAGUUUAUGGCUUGGUCCAACAGCAAAUUCCUCUAUCUAGCCGAGGACUUGGGAGACAUCCGCCAGAACCUAGAGAAAAAUAGGGAUCCUAAAGUAGUGAAUUCCCAAAACACCCGCCCAACCAAAAUCUCUGCCAACGGGCGGCUGAAGGAACUGCACCUGAUUCGCGAUUGGGUGGGCUCAGGAAGAUACGCAGCCGCCCUGAAACUCUGGCACGACAUCAAAAACUUCAUCAAACAGGUCCAAAAAGCAGAGCAGCCCUUCCAACGCGUCGCCGAUUUCGUCCAACACGCUGCGCGCCAGCACUCGGAGACGGGGGGAUUCCAUUUCGACGAGUCACUCAUCCAGUACAAAUCGCAACUCCAAGCCUCGGCGCUCUGGCUGCGAUGCGAGGUCAUCAUCAUCUCCGACUUCAUGGAGUUGCGCCCGGAGAUCAUGCAAUCCCGGCCGAAGCUCAAGCUCGAUUUCUCAAAGCAGAUGAGCGACUGUCAGGAAUUAAUUGAGUUGGCCAAGAGGAUGAUAUAUCCGCGCCAGGAGGUAGAGGCCCAUAUCUUCUUUGCCCAAUUCUGCGCUUUUACCAGAAUACUUGGACCCGCUGCCGGACCUGAUGAGUCGGGUGAGACUGGGAUUACUGCAAAGGAGUUCGAAACUCUCAAAGAGCAAGGCUUGGAUCACCUUACUACUGCCCGCGCCAUUGUCGAGCAGUAUAGUGGACAAGCUGGCAUGCUUCUGACAGAUAUCGAUGCAGCUGAGGCCAUGUUGCGCGAAGGUGUCUUCUACAUGUCUGUCUCAGCAUAUGAGAUGCAAGCCGUGUACGGUGCCAUGGCGGGCGAGUUCUUGGGCACCGGCCAUUGGUAUACCUGCGAGAGGGGCCAUCCUUUCACGGUCGGCGAGUGUGGCAUGCCGAUGGAGAUGGCGCAGUGUCCCGAGUGUGGUGCACCUGUUGGUGGGGCGCACCACACGCCUGCGCAGGGGGUGCGGAGAGCAGAUGAGAUUGAGCGCUUGGCUCAGGAGGUUGAGCAGAUGGGUAUUUGA